AUUCGCGGUCGACUUCUUUUCCAUCUCCCACGACAACACACUCCCUCCCUAUCGACAACCGACCAGGGCCAUUUUACCCACCAUGGCUUCCGUCCCGAGUGUGCAAUGCUUCGGCAAGAAGAAGACGGCCACCGCUGUCGCCCACUGCAAGCAAGGCAAGGGCCUCAUCAAGGUUAACGGCCAGCCCAUCUCUCUGGUCCAGCCCGAGAUCCUCCGCUUCAAGGUCUACGAGCCCCUCCUGAUCGUCGGCCAGGACAAGUUCGCCGGUAUCGACAUCCGCGUUCGUGUCACCGGUGGUGGUCACACCUCCCAGGUCUACGCCAUCCGUCAGGCCAUCGCCAAGUCUAUCGUCGCUUAUUACCAGAAGUACGUCGAUGAGCACUCCAAGAACCAGCUCAAGCAGGCUUUCGCCCAGUACGACCGCACCCUGCUGGUCGCCGACAACCGCCGCGCGGAGCCCAAGAAGUUCGGUGGUCGCGGUGCCCGCGCCCGUUACCAGAAGUCCUACCGUUAA